CGGUGUAGAGUAGAAAACGGACAGUCGCUGGAGAGCAAAGAAGAGGAGAGAGGUGGAGGAAAAAAAAGCAGUGAAAUGGUGUAAAAGCUGAGCGACCCUAACCCAAGUCAGGGGGACAAACGAGGAGGAUUAUUUUCUUUGUAUAAUUAUCCUGAAAGUCAGUAAACUCCCGCUUUUUGAUGCUGUCCUCACGGAGGUUUGAGCCAAUAACGGACUUAUUGGUCGGCUGAACCAUGCAGAGGCUGCUGCUCCUGAGUUUGGUGUUGAGUUUUCAAACUGUGUGGACAGCGAGGUUCUCUCAGGAGCCGGCAGACCAGUCGGUGGUGCGGGGCCAGAAGGUGAUCCUGUCCUGUGUUGUCUUCAACUACUCAGGCAUUGUUCAGUGGACCAAGGAUGGCCUGGCUCUGGGAAUCGGAGAGGACCUCCAGGCCUGGCCCAGGUACCGUGUGCUCCGCGUUCAGGACUUGGGUCAGUAUAACCUGGAGAUCCUGUCGGCUGAUCUGUCUGAUGACUCUCUGUACGAGUGCCAGGCCCCUGAUGCUGCCCUGAGGUCAAGAAGGGCCAAACUCACCGUCCUCAUCCCCCCAGAUGAACCGGUGAUCGAUGGGGGUCCGGAGGUGUUGCUGAACGCGGGGGAGUCGUACAACCUGAGCUGCGUGUCUCGAGGGGCGAAACCUCCUUCUGUGAUCGAGUGGCUUAAAGACGGUUUGCCUGUCGAGGGGGCCGCCAGCAUCACUGAGGUGCUUCCAGACAGGAAGAGGGUGACCACGCGCAGCUACCUGCCCAUCCAGCCCGUCGACACCGACACCGGGAGGAACUUCAGCUGUGUGGCCACGAACCUGGCUGUUCCCAGUGGAAAAAGCACAACCGUCACCCUCAACGUACACCAUCCACCAUCAGUGACCUUGUCCAUUGAGCCUCGUUCUGUCCUAGAGGGGGACAGAGUCACCUUCACCUGCCAGGCCUCCGCCAACCCUCCUAUUAUGGGCUACAGGUGGGCUAAAGGAGGCGUGGUGCUGCAGGGUGCCAGGGAGAGUGUGUUUACCACCAAAGCCGACCACUCCUUCUUCACAGAGCCCGUUUCCUGUCUGGUCUUCAACGCUGUGGGAAAGACCAACGUCAGCAUCCUGGUGGACGUUCACUUCGGUCCGAUUCUGUUGGUGGAGCCGCAGCCAAAAACCGUCGACGUUGACUCUGAUGUCACCCUCAACUGUAAAUGGGCUGGAAACCCUCCUCUCACGCUCACCUGGUUCAAAAAGGGUUCAAACAUGGUUCUGAGUAACAGCAACCAGCUGUAUCUGAAGUCGGUGAGCCAAGCUGAUGCCGGCCAGUAUGUAUGUAAGGCCAUCGUCCCACGGAUUGGAGUAGGAGAGACUGAGGUCACGCUCACUGUUAACGGUCCACCCAUCAUCUCCAGUGACCCGGUCCAGUAUGCAGUGAGAGGGGAGAGAGGCGAGGUGAAAUGCUACAUAGCCAGUACGCCUCCUCCAGAUAAGAUUGUGUGGGCGUGGAAGGAGAACGUGUGGGAGAAGGAGAAAGGGACCCUGCUGGAGAGAUACACGGUGGAGCAGAGCAAACCGUCAGCGGAGGGCGGCGGCGUCCUCUCCACCCUCACCAUCAACAACGUGAUGGAGUCCGACUUCAUGUCCACCUACAACUGCACGGCCUGGAACUCGUUCGGCCCGGGGACCAUGAUCAUCUCACUGGAGGAGACUGAGGAAGUCCCAGUGGGGAUAAUAGCUGGUGGGACGGUGGGCUCCACCAUCCUCCUAUUCAUCUUCCUGCUUGUCCUGGUUCUUAUCUUCUACAGGCAGCGCAAAGGCAGUCGGCGCGGGGUCACCCUGGGUAAGCCUGACAUCAAGGUGGAGACGAUAAACAAAGAGACCCACAGCUUGGAGGAGGACUCCGGCAGCGUGUCCACGGCUUCGCGCAUGGUCAAGGCCAUGUACUCGUUUCUCCCCUCUGUGUCCUUCUCUCCUUCUAAUCAGCCCUUUAAGGACGACAUAGAGCUCAAGUCUGACCUGCGCAGCGACACCCUGGACACCCGCCAGGAGUAUGACCUGAAGGAUCCCACAAACGGCUACUACAACGUGCGAGCCUCCACCCACGAUGAAGGCCGCCCCGCCUCCCGCUCCACGAUGCACUACUCGGACUACCGCUCCCCUACAGGAACACCGGGGGGCGCGGCGUCCAUCAGCAGCAGCGCCGGCGGUUCAGGAGCCACAGCCAGCGGGGGAGCCCCCGUUCCCCCUGGGCCCCUCACUUCCCCCGGGCGCCCGCAGGCCUGCUACGACCCCAGACCACCAUCCAGACUCUCCCACAUCAGCUACGCCCAGUUCAACACGUUCACUCGCGGGGGGCAAAGCCAGCAACCCCCGACUAACCCCGCCCCUGUGGCUGGUGAAUUCCAAGGGGACUGCAGCCUGUUGGACUCCAAUUCCCAGCUGGCCUAUGACAACUACGGAUACCCCUCCCAUUACCAGACGUACCGCAUGGGUUUCGCCCCGUCCAGCCUGGCCCCACUCGAGGCCGGCCCAUCCUAUGAGAUGUACGGGGUGGGGUCAGGUGUUGGGGCACCAGCGGUCAGCGUCAGUCCCGGGGGUCCUCCUCCUCCUCCUCCCCCGGGAUCAGAGACUGGACUUGGGAAGUACGGCAGCUCCACUCGCUUCUCCUACACCUCGCAACACUCUGACUACUCCCACAGCCGACACACACAGAGGAUGCAGACUCACGUGUGAGACGCAGAAACACACCUCACAGUCUGAGCAGAGCACGAGGACGCAUCUUAUAAAUAGUGUCACACCUUAAAACACACACACACACACACACACACACACACACACAAUCAUAGAGGCACACAUUUUCACACACUAACACGCCCUACAGAACCCCCCCAAAAAAAAAAAAACACAUGCACAGAGUCAGAAGACCAUGCCCGUGAGACAGGGAGGGGAAAGAAGGAGUUUUUUAAGCGAGACAGGGAAGGGAAAUUCCACACAAUUUUUGAAUUCCCAAAACUCCCGACGGACGUGUUCGUAUAUAUCCGAGCUCUGAAAGAGAGCGGACAGCGCAAGUCACAAUCAAGACUGGGAGAGAGAGAGCGAGAAGCAGAGAGGAGACGAGAGAUCACAGAUCUUUUGGAGCUCUAUGAACUGACUUUGUAAAUGAUGAGCGAGAACGUCGUAAGGCAAACCUGACUGACUGUCCAAUAUGGUAAUACCCCCCCGAUCGGGAGAAAACCUCAACCAGUGGAAGUCAUUCCUGGCCGCCAUUAUUUUUUACUUCUUUUUUUUUUUUUUUGCUGGUUGUCUUAUCCAUGAUCAUAGAGCACAUAUAAAUGUAGUCUCCCAUACUGCCCUUUGGGUGCAUUGGUACAUUCCAUCCUGCCUGUUAGGCAGCGGCGUGCAGACGGUGGAGUGUGAGUGAGUCGGGGAAGGGGUUUGUCAUCAUUUUUGCACUUCAUCUACAGUAUUCAUGCAUAGACGACGUCCCUUAUCUAUAUCUGUGUAUUGUCUUCUUUUUAUUUGCACACUUGACUAGAGCUUUGUAUUCUAUUUUUUAACAUUACAGAAUUAUUUUUGUCAAUGUAAAACAUGUAAAUGUGUAUGUAUGGACCAAACGUUUUGAACACGAGCGCACAUAACUUUGGGGAGUUUGCCUGGGUGAUUCCAUUGAGACAGGGUGAAGAGUUGUGCCAACAGAAAGAUCCUUCAAUUCAGGAUUUUAUUUGAGAGAAGGGUAUAUCAGUGUAUAAAAGAAAAACCUAGUGCCAAGUGUUCAUGUUGUUCUUCACCUUAGACCAUGUAUAUGCAGUAGAAGCUCCUUCUAUUGGUGACUGUUGCUUUACAAACCAGGCUCCGGGGGCCUUGAGUCAUUCCCAGACAUUUUUUUUUGUCCGAGCUCUUAACUACACGCCUGGUGCAGACAGAGAGAAAAAAAACAACACAGAUGUUGGGUUUAGAACUGAGUGGCCUUAUAGAGGAACAUGUCGUACAUUUCCAUUUUGAAUCAUUCCUCAUCGUCUGUCUGCCAAAAACGGCCAGAGGAGAAAUGCGUAAGGAGAGGUUCAAUGAAGGCUUGUCCACAAUAUUGACAUGUAGUAGUGUAUGACUGUGACUGUGUGGGUGUGCGAGAGUGUGUGUGAGAGAGAGAGAGAGAGAGUUCAAGAGGGAGUGUGUGGGCGUAGGCGCGCACAUCGAUUUGUACAGUGUGUUUGUAUAGAUGUGUGAAUGACUGCGCGUGUAUGGAAGGCAUACUGUAAACACACAGCGCCCGACUCACCUGCGUGUGAUGAAAGUAUGCAUCUGUGUGUGUGAGUGUGAGUGUGAGUGUGAGUGUGAGUGUGUGUGCAUGUCUGUGUCAAAAGCGUGCGGGUGUGAGUUUCAGUAUAUGUCCAUAUCAUUUCUCUCACAAUCCUGUUACAGUACUUUUAUACCUCUGGUAGGACUGUAUCCUGUAUUAUUGUGUCUUUGAAUUUAGGAAAAUCCAAUGUUUAUCUUAUUGUACUGUUCUUCGUAGCAGAGAAAACUGUUCAAAAGAUGUACAACGAACGUUAUCAAACUCUCAUUUUUUAAUUUCAUUAUCUUCAAUAUUUUUUAAAAAUGGUAUGUAAUUAUUUUUCCACAGUAUUACAUAAAUAAAAGCACUGUUUUUUAUAAGAAA